AUAAAUCCAUUAGGAUCAUCUAAGGCAUGCAUUAUCUAUUAUUAUUCAUCAACAAUGUUUCAUCUUCUUCUUCCUACUCUUUUUGUACGUGUACAAAGCCUUCAUCAGAAUAGUUCAACUGUUGAAUUUCUUCCUAGUUUCGUUGGCCCUCUUCCUUUUUAUCUUGAGACCGGAUACAUUGGCGUAGGCAAAUCUGAGGAAGUGCAACUAUUCUAUUACUUUGUUAAAUCAGAAUCCAACCCAAAGAAAGAUCCCCUCUUGUUAUGGCUAACCGGAGGGCCCGGUUGCUCAUCGUUCACGGGGUUGGCUUACGAAGUAGGUCCAUUGGCUUUUGGCCAAAAAGCAUACAAUGGAAGCUUACCAAUUCUUGUUUCAAGUCCAUAUUCAUUGACAAAGUUUGCAAGCAUAUUGUUCUUGGAGCAGCCAGCUAAUACUGGGUUCUCAUAUGCAACAACCUCAGAGGCGUACAAGUGUACUGACCUACAAGCAUGCGACCAGGUCUUUGAAUUUCUACGGAAGUGGUUCGUUAAUAAUCCAGAAUUCAUUCCGAACCCUUUCUAUGUUUCGGGGGAUUCCUAUUCAGGCAUUACAGUUCCAGUUAUUGUCCAACUCAUAUCAGAUGGAAUUGAAGCAGGCAUAGAGCCAUUAAUCAACCUUACGGGCUAUUCACUUGGAAAUCCAAAAACAUUUCCUGAAGAAACCAAUUACCAAAUUCCUUACUGUCAUGGUAUGGGGCUAAUAUCCGACGAACUUUAUGAGUCGUUGAACGAGAUUUGCAAAGGCGAAUACGUAAACAUAGAUCCAACCAAGCUAUGUGUUGAAAACUAUAAAAUGUUCAAGAAGCUUGUGAGUGGUAUAAAUGACCAGCAAAUACUAGAGCCUUUCUGCGGAACAGACUCUGAAGAACACCCACCCCAAUUGUCGGCUGAAAGAAGGUCUCUUAAAGAGGAUGUGAUCUUUCAAAAAUACGAUGACUUCAUUUGUCGAGAAAGUCGUCUAAGUCCCUCAAAUGGUACUUCAAAACGCAACCUCUCCACUCAUUGGGCAAAUGACCCGAGAGUUCAAGAGGCUAUCCAUGUUAGAAAGGGAACUAUAAGAAGACCAUGGGCGAGAUGUAGGCAAAGUAUUACGUAUACAAGUUACACAAUGACUUUCAUGAAUAGUAUACCUUACCAUGUAAACCUUAGUUCAAAAGGUUAUCGAUCACUUAUAUUCAGUGGAGAUCAUGACAUGGUUGUUCCCUUCCAAUCGACACAAGCAUGGAUAAAGUAUCUAAAUUAUUCAAUUAUUGAUGAUUGGCAUCCAUGGACGAUUGAUGGACAAGUUGCAGGUUACACGAGGUCUUUCUCGAAUCACAUGACUUAUGCAACAAUAAAGGGAGGAGGACACACAGCUGCGGAGUACAAACGUGAAGAGUGUUUUCAUAUGUUUAAAAGAUGGAUAGAUCAACAACCUUUAUAAUCUUUUUAACUGGUUUCAUAUUUACUUCUUUGAAUUAAUUACCAUGAAAACAUUCCUAUACCAAAUCUAGGAGAAUUUGUAAUUAGCUACUCAUGUAAAGUAGAGAGCUAUCUCAAAACAUUGAAAAAGUGAUAAUAUGUUUUUAUA